AUGUGCCUGCUGCAGGUGUUGUGCCUUCUUCUCUUGCAAGAAGCACAGGCGGCGCGCCAUGGUGGGAUCUCAUUGAGGUCUCAACACAUGGCCCUCCUCCACUGGAAAGCUACAAUUCCAAGUCCACCGCUGCAGAUGAGCUCUUGGAAGGAAAACACCAGCCCCUGCAACUGGACGGGCAUCAUGUGCACGGCUGUUCACCAUGGACACCGCAUGCCCUGGGUGGUGACCAACAUCUCCCUGCCAGAUGCUGGCAUCCGUGCCCAGCUUGGUGAGCUCAACUUCUCGGCUCUUCCAUUCCUCACACAUAUUGAUCUCCAUAACAACAGUCUCCAGGGUGAACUACCCACUAGUAUCAGUUCCCCGUCAGCACUUUCAGGACUUGACCUUACCUACAACCAGCUCACAGGGAAAAUUCCUUAUGAGAUUGGUAGCCUGCAAAGUCUCAAGGUGCUUAGCCUCUCAUUUAACAAAUUCACAGGACAUAUCCCCGUGUCUCUGGGUAACCUAACAAUAUUAACCGAUCUUGUCAUCCACCAAAACAUGCUAUCAGGUCCUAUUCCUGAGGAGAUUGGAAGGCUUGUUAACCUAGAACUUCUACAGCUAAGCAACAACACCUUAAGAGGCACAAUACCAAAAUUCUUUGGAAAUCUUACCCAAUUGAAUAUUUUGAACCUGUUUGGUUCAAUUCCGAUCUCCAUAACCAAUCUCACUAAAAUGAACCGACUUUUUAUCUUUGAAAAUCAAAUCACAGGUCCAAUACCCCCAGAGCUAGGCAACCUUGCUAUGCUAAACGAACUUGCUCUCUACACAAAUCAAAUAACAGGUUCAGUACCCCCAGAACUAGGGAACCUCACUAUGCUCAAUGUACUUGUUCUCUAUGAAAAUCAAAUCACAGGCCCAAUACCUUUAGAAUUGGGCUACUUGCUGAAUCUCCAAAAUUUAGACAUCUCUACAAAUCAGAUAAGCGGGUCCAUCCCCCAGGAAAUUGGCAAUCUGAUGAACCUCGAAUAUUUAGACUUGUCUCAGAACCAAAUUUCAGGAUCAAUACCAAAAACUUUUGGGAACUUGCAAAGCAUCCAAGGAAUACGUAUCUUUGAUAACAAAUUAUCAGGUUCUCUUCCUAAAGAAUUUGGAAAUCUCAUCAGCCUUGUUGAACUUUCGUUGUCUAGCAACUCACUUUCAGGACCUUUACCCACAAAUAUAUGUUCAGGUGGCAAACUUCAAUAUCUCCGUGUCUUUUCUAAUAUGUUCAAUGGAUUUAUUCCAAGCAGUUUAAAGACAUGUACGAGUUUGGUUCGACUUCGCCUUGAGUCGAACCAACUAACAGGAGAUCUGUCUCAGCAUUUUGGUCUACGCAAUCUUGCAUACCUUGAUAUAUCUGGGAACAGACUGAGUGGAUUGAUACCUGAGGAACUAGGGGCGUGCACAAAACUGCUAUCCUUGAAGAUCAACAACAACAACUUCAGUGGAAGUUUGCCCGGUGCCAUUGGAAACUUAGCAGGCUUGCAGAUCAUGUUAGAUGUGAGCAACAAUAGCCUCGGUGGUGUGUUGCCGCAGCAACUUGGAAAGUUGCAAAUGCUAGAAUUUCUGAAUUUAUCACAUAAUCAGUUCAGUGGCAGUAUUCCAUCCUCCUUUGCAAGCAUGGUGAGCCUUUCAACACUCGAUGUAUCCUACAACGACUUGGAAGGACCGGUCCCAACAACACGCCUACUCCAAAAUGCUUCAGCAAGUUGCUUUCUUUCCAAUAAAGGUCUGUGUGGUAACAUCUCUGGCCUGCCACCUUGUAAUUCAACCGCAGUAGCUGCUCACCAAAAAGGGAAGAUACUUGGUUUGUUUUUGCCACUUAUUCUUGUGCUUGGUUUUGGAACUGUUGUUGCGGCUGCUGUCAUAAUAAUACUUACUCAUAAGAAGAGAAAACCACAAGAAAGUAUUACUGCUCAAGCAAGGGACCUAUUCUCGGUUUGGAAUUUUGAUGGAAGAUUGGCAUUUGACGAUAUUGUAAGGGCAACGGAAGACUUCAAUGAUAAGUACAUCAUUGGAAGAGGAGGGUAUGGCAAAGUCUACAAGGCACAACUUCAAGACGGGCAGCUAGGCAGCCUCCACAUGACAUUGGAAAAUCAAGAGCUAGCAAAGGAAUUAGAUUGGAAGAAGGGAAUUGCUCUUGCAACUGAUGUAGCUCAAGCAAUAUCUUAUUUGCACCACGAAUGCAGUCCGCCUAUAAUCCAUCGAGAUAUCACGAGCAACAACAUCUUACUUGAUACAACCUUCAAGGCUUUUGUCUCGGAUUUCGGCACGGCAAGGGUUCUUAGGCCUGAUUCAUCAAACUGGAGUGCACUAGCAGGAACGUAUGGCUACAUAGCUCCUGAGCUAUUAUACACAUCUGUUGUGACAGAGAAAUGUGACGUCUAUAGCUUUGGCGUGGUUGUGUUGGAGCUAGUCAUGGGGAAGCAUCCAAUGGAUCUAUUGGACGGUAGUUUACCAAGCGAGGAACAAACUAUAUUGGUGAAUGAUAUUCUGGACCAACGGCCGACAACACCAACAACAAUGGAAGAGAAUAGCUUAGCUCUGCUCAUCAAGCUGGCCUUCUCUUGCUUGGAAUCUUCUCCACAAGCAAGGCCAACCAUGCGGGAGGCAUACCACACACUCAUCCAGCGACCCUCUUCUAAUCCAUAUCCCGUGCCUUUCAGCGCACUUGCAUUAUGGCAAGUAAUGAAUGCGUGCUGAUAUAUGAUCCGAGUUCUAGUGAGAAGCCAGUGUCUAUUGUAGCGGAGGCCGCUUUAGGUUUUGGUUUUGCCUCGAGUCAUUCAUAUGCCAACUAUAUAUGUUGAAGUCUGUAAUCCUAUCAUGUCA